AUGGCAUCCCAAAAACCCUCUCAACACACCGCCGCGACCAUAGCAUCCCCGCUAUCACCAAAGGCAAUCAUCUGGCUCGCCGUCAUCACCGCCAGCAUUCUCCUCGCCAUCUACAACCUCCCUCUCUGGGUCCUAAGCACGCGCACCAAAUUCUGCGCCCUCACCAUCACCCUCCAGUUCACAGCCAUCCUCUACUAUCGGCACUACUACAUCGCCGCCCUCGACCUUUAUGCAGACGAAAUGCGCGCGCACACUGCCUCCAUCGACAAGCACAAUUCCGACCUACGAGUCUUCGAUGAGACGACUCGGGCCGCGCAGAAAGGAUGGAGCGAAAUGACCGACGGGUAUAAAGGCUUGGUGAAUGAACGCCGCAAGGACGAGGUCGAGACUACACUCGCGUACUACAAGACUAUCGCGCAGGUGCAUGGGAUGUUUGCCAAGGCGCUCGAGCGCACGCGUGGAAAGGAUGCUGGGAAGAUUCUUCCGCGCGUAGUGCCAAAGGGCACGAACGCGAAGAGCAAGGCGAGAAAGAAGACGAAUACGAACAUGCAUCCUCUCGAUGAGUACAUCAGCAUGAUCAAAGCGCGGCAAGCUAGGGCAGAGAAGCAUAUCGAGGAUAUGGAGGGGUACGCUGGGUUGUUGGAGGCGGGAACAGCAGACGAGGAGCUGGAGAAGAUGAGGGAGAGUAUGGGGGAUUUCAUGGACAUAAUUCUUGGCACUGGUGGAGGGGUCAGUGAAGAGGGGAAGGAUGAGUAUGAGGGGGUGAGUGUGGCGGAUAUUGAUGCGCUUCGCGGAAGUCUAGAAAGCCAUUUGGCAAAGCUGGAUGCGUAUUCCAAGAAGACGGCUGCGGGCUCCAUGAGAAAGGCGGCACGAAUGGAGAGCGUGGUUUCGCGCGUGAGCGCUUCUGUGCUAGAGUAG